UCUUCUCAAGUAGAUUUUAAGUUAAAUGACUCAUGUUUUAUGCUGAGUCGGUGAAGUUUAUUUUGUCUGUUCAAAUAUUCUUUUAACUAAUAUUAAUAUUCUAGUGAGAUUUUAUUGAAUUAUUUAAUGCUUUUCAACAUUGGUCAGAAUUUCGUCUGGAUUCUCCGGAAAAUAUUCAUAUAUUGGAUAUAUAUUCUGUAAUUAUUCUUAUAUGUGUGUCUGUCUGUUUUUACAUAUGCAUUCUUCCCCAUUUAGUAUUUACUUAGUUUUGUAGUUCCCUCUUUUGACACUUCUGUUUUUCUUAUGUUUGAAUUUUGCAGAGAAAGAGGAUUGAUCUUUGAUCGAAAACUGGAAAUUUUAUCAGAAUAUAGAAAAAGAUUCUUUGGUUAAAAUGCUGAUUUUCAGAUCUGUUCUUGUUUGUAAGAGAGGUGGUGUCCUUCGCGAGGAAGGAAACAAGUUUCUCCAUUUUUGAGCUGGAUUUGUGUAUGUAUACGGGAUUUCUUCUUUACUGAAGCUUUGAGGUUCACACAGAAAUCAUGGACAGGUUUCUGCCACAAGUUCUAAUGGAAACUCAAGUUGGAGGACAGUCUGUGAUCGGGACUAUCAAGAUUGCUGUCUUACCUAUAGCCAAAGUUUUUACAAUAUGCUUCUUGGGAUUUCUUAUGGCAACCAAACGCAUUAACAUCUUACGCGGGAAUGGAAGGAAGCUUUUAAAUGGGUUGGUGUUUUCACUUUUGCUUCCGUGUUUGAUAUUCUCUCAACUUGGACAAGCCAUCACUUUGCAGAAAAUGCUCGAGUGGUGGUUUAUUCCUUUUAAUGUUAUCUUGACUACCAUAUCAGGCUCGAUCAUAGGUUUGCUUGUUGCAUCCAUAGUCCGUCCGCCAUAUCCAUUCUUCAAGUUAACUGUAAUACAGAUUGGAGUCGGAAAUAUUGGGAAUGUGCCACUUGUCCUAAUUGCAGCUUUAUGUCGAGAUAAAUCAAACCCUUUUGGUGACUCUGCCAAAUGUGCUCACGAUGGGAAUGCGUACAUCUCAUUCGGUCAAUGGGUUGGUGCUAUUAUCUUAUACACAUAUGUAUUUCAAAUGCUUGCACCUCCUCCCGAAGGUAGCUUUGACAUUGAGGAAAGAAAUCUUCCCAUCAAGAAUGCUCCAGAGGAAGGCUCCCCCGAGCAAGUUCCAUUGCUUGAGGUUGUACCAGAAAAUUCAGAUCUUCCACAAAGAGGGAAGUUUAAAGAAUUCUUAAACUUUGUGUAUGAGAAGUUGAAGCUCAAGCAAAUCCUGCAACCCCCUAUUGUUGCUUCUAUCCUAGCCAUGGUGAUAGGAAUUGUGCCAUUCUUGAAGCGGCUGGUCCUUACGACUGACGCUCCACUUUUCUUCUUCACUGAUAGCUGCUUGAUUCUUGGGGAGGCAAUGAUUCCAUGCAUUUUGUUGGCAUUAGGAGGCAACCUCGUGGAUGGACCAGGAAGUUCAAAACUUGGUGUAAAGACAACUGCUGCAAUUGUUUUUGGGCGUUUGGUUUUGGUUCCUCCAGCUGGAGUUGUUAUUGUCACGUUGGCUGAUAAGCUCGGCUUCCUUCCCCCGGGUGAUAAGAUGUUCAGAUUUGUGCUCCUCCUCCAGCAUUCAAUGCCCACAUCAGUGCUUGCUGGUGCUGUUGCCAAUCUAAGAGGGUGCGGGAGGGAGGCAGCUGCGGUCCUGUUCUGGGUUCAUAUAUUUGCAGUCUUCUCUAUGGCUGGAUGGAUCACUUUGUUUCUCAACAUACUCUUCUAAAGAUGCUUCAAAACACAGCGGGAACAGCAGCGGAUUUGGAAACAGCAGCUGAAUUUAUAUCGAUGGAUGAUCGUCAUUGAUCUUCACACUUCAAAUCUGCAUCAUGCUAUUUUGGUGCCAGACUGCUUAUUCUUUUUGUCAUACAUUUCCAUGCUAAUCAACAAUAGCUAAAUGAGAAGUGUGGAAGUGCAAAUUGCCUGCUUUGAGCUCAGGCAUCGUUGAAGAGGAGUUCUGUUCGCAAGACUACUGUGUAUGUGCUUAAUGAUUUAUUUAUUUAUUUAUUUAAUUUUUUUUCUGUU